UUUAAUCAAACCGGAAGUAAAGCGCUUCCUGGUUGCCGUUGCAAAUCUAGCCAGUCACUAAACCGGUGACGAACUAAAAUGGAUUAUUACAAUUUAAUAGCAAUAUGUGCAUGUAUUCAUUUGCUUGUUUUCAUGCCACAUGUAUACAGUAAUUAUGUUGAGAAACAAGCUGGACAGUUUUUCAGCAGUGGCCACACCAACAACUGGGCAGUCCUCGUCUGCACAUCUAGAUUCUGGUUUAAUUAUCGGCAUGUGGCGAACACGCUGUCAGUAUACAGGAGCGUAAAGAGACUAGGCAUUCCAGACAGUCACAUUGUGCUGAUGCUAGCCGAUGAUAUGGCCUGUAACUAUAGAAACCCCAAACCAGCCACUGUGUUCAGUCAUAAGAAUAUGGAGCUCAAUGUGUAUGGAGACGAUGUGGAGGUGGAUUACCGUGGAUAUGAGGUCACAGUAGAGAACUUCCUGCGAGUUCUGACAGGGCGUCUUCCCCCCAGCACCCCUCGAUCGAAACGUCUGCUAUCAGACGACCGCAGCAACAUUCUCAUCUACCUGACAGGUCAUGGUGGAAAUGGCUUCCUGAAGUUCCAGGAUUCUGAGGAGAUCAGCAACAUGGAGCUGGCUGAUGCUUUUGAGCAGAUGUGGCAAAAGAGGAGGUACAAUGAGUUGUUGUUCAUCAUAGACACGUGCCAGGGGGCCUCCAUGUAUGAGAGGUUUUACUCGCCGAACCUCAUGGCCCUGGCCAGCAGCCAAGUGGGAGAGGACUCGCUCUCACAUCAGCCAGAUUUGGCAAUAGGGGUCCAUUUGAUGGACAAAUACACCUUCUACUUACUGGAGUUCCUGGAGGAAGUCCACCCUGCUAGCCAAGCCAACAUGAAUGAUCUGUUUAAGGUGUGCCCGCAGAGUCAGUGUGUGUCCACUCCAGGUCACCGUACUGACCUGUUCCAGAGAGAUCCGGGGAGUGUCCUCAUCACUGACUUUUUUGGAAGUGUUCGUAAAGUGGAGAUCACCAAGGACACUAUCAAUCUGACAUCUCCUUUAGAUCCGCCAAUGCAGAGGUCUGGAAGUGGCGAUCUACAGAUCGAAUCAUUGACGUAUGUGGACCAACUUCCAGUGGCUGAAAUUAUUCAUCAGAAACCCAAGCAGAAAGACUGGCACCCUCCUGAUGGCUUCAUUCUGGGGCUCUGGACUCUAAUCCUGCUGGUGUUCUUUAAGACCUAUGGCAUCAAACAUCUCAAACACAUCUUCUGAUCCCACAGAGGUCAAAGAACCUCCAGCGUCUGUGUCUUCUCUUUCAUAAGAGAGUCCACCAUAACUUUCUUUAUGAUUGAUUUGGUCAGGAAUAGGUUAUUUAUUUUUUGAUGCAGGUUUGUUUUCUUUGGGUUUUGCUGUGUAUCAUUUUUUGAAAGUGACAUGCACUGACUUGAGUUGAAACAUUCUUUGUUGUUUGUAGCUCUGUAGUGAAAUCCAUUUGAAUUUCAACCAGGGACUUUCUUUUGAACGCACACAGACAGCUUGCAGGGAGAAGCAUACUUCUUGUUUGUUGGUUUGUUUCUUUGUUUUUUGGUACUUUAAUUUCCAGUUAUAGUUUCAUUUUUUCAGUGUGAAAGCUUAUUUUCUGCCACAGAAUGAUUUUUUUUUUUUUCUCCAUAAUUGUGAUUUUUUUUUUUCGCGACUUUUUUCUGACUAAAUUUGUUUAUAGCUCACAAUUCUGACUUCUUUUUUCAGAAUUGUUAGAUAUAUACUCACAAUUGCGAGUUAUAAAGUCAAAUUCUGAGGGGAAAAAAUAAUUCUGUCUUUAUAUCUUGCAAUUCUGUCUUUAUAACUCCUUUAUAACACUCCUCCCAGAUUUCCGCAUUUUGUUCUCAUCGCGAUGAGAUUGUUUGUUAGCUUUUUACAGAUAUUCUGAAUCUGUGUAUGCAAUUGCUGAUCUAUUGUUUCAGCUGCACUUUAUAAUUUCCAUUCUUAUUCUUUAAUGGUUAUAUGAAGUGGGAAAAGACACUUAUGUUCAGAGUAGCACUGAGAAGACCAACUGUGAACAUAUGUGAAAACCACUUAAACAUAUAAUGUAUGGAUCUUAUUUCACCACAUAGUUGAGAAAGCAAGCAAUUAUUUUGCAUAAAGAAAAUGAAGCUUAUUUUAGGAUAAUGAAUUUUUUUUUUUUUUACCAUAAUGAAAAUAAACGUCUCAUUGUCAUUUAAAUAAAACAGUGAUUUCUUUUUUUUGUUUUUUAAUUAGCAUAAAUAAAAUAAAAUACAUUAAAUUCUAACAUGUGUAAUUGAAAUAGUCUUUAAUUUAAAUAUUUUAAGUUAUUUCCCAAUGUGCUUGUUUUUCACAUAUCAUUAAGCUGCUGACAGUUAACUAUCAAGAAGUGGGUAGAAAAUGUCAACUAUCUUAUUGGUCCUAAAAUAGGCUUCAUUUUUUAAGCAAAAUAUAAUAUUUUUUUGGUGACCUAGACAUUUUCAUGAGGUUCACCCAGUAAUAAAUGUGAGGAAUUAAUGGACAACAAACACAUUUCCAUGUACAGCAACCAAACCACUCCAUUUGCCUUUGGCUGUGUCCUGUAUCUGUCCAUUAGCAUCUCCGCUCCACUUGAACUGCGUUAAGAACAUGCUCUAAAAGGGGUCGACCGAAUUCACCCCCAGCUACACUGUAAGUGUGAAUGAGAGAUUGACAAAUUGGAUGACUCUAAUUCAUUUUUUUUUCCUGUCUGUCUAAUGCAUCAUUAAAUGUUGGUAGGUCAGACAUCACAAAUUGUUUAGGAGAGCCCACAUAAAAAUAUUCACUGGCUCUCACGUCAUGCGAGUAAAUGGAUUAUGAGAAUUUCUACAGUGCCAUUUUACCUUUUUUCUAUUUAUGUUCUCUUGCAUUUUGCUGUGUGCUUUUUUAUUAUUAUUAUAAAACUGGCUAAAGGUGAAGUUUUGAAUAAAGCCUACAGAGAAAAGA